AUGUCUGAGAACUUCAACCCAGAAGAUAAUUAUAGAAUCCCUUAUAGGGAUAAAUAUGAUAUCAUAAGUGAAGGUUUAAAUGAUAAUAUGUGUGCAUUUAUUGAAAUGAAUGGGAUGACUAUUUCAGAGGAAGAUGAUGGGUACGAUGAGAGAGUUGACUAUUUAAGUGAGAUUCUUGAAUUAUGGGCAAAAAUUAAUAAAGAUUUGAAUAAUAAUCAAAGUGAUACAAUUCCCUAG